GUUAUGUGAAGCAGUGCCUUGUUGUGUUUAACACCGAACAACAUUUCCCAAGUAUCCGAGCGCCUCCUCCAGUAAAGCUCAAGGCUAAAGUUGGAAAUGAAAACAGACCACGGUUAUUCCCAGCAAUGACCCUGAAAUGAAGCGUCAUUUAGCCGUAAUAGAGAAUCGAGGCAAGAGGCGUCGAAAAGAAAGCAGCAGCAGAGUGACCGAGGGAUGGACAGGUGUGAACGAGCGCACUUUCAUCGCCGUGAAGCCGGACGGUGUCCAGAGGAAGCUGGUGGGAGAAAUCAUCCGCCGCUUUGAGAGAAAAGGCUUUAAACUGGUCGCCAUGAAAUUCCUGCAGGCUUCCGAGGAGCAGUUGAAGGAACACUACUGGGAAUUGAGAGAGAGGCCAUUUUACAAAGGCCUUGUGAAAUACAUGAGCUCUGGGCCUAUUGUAGUAAUGGCAUGGCAAGGUCUGGAUGUGGUGAAAACAUCCAGAAAGAUGCUUGGAGAGACGAACCCUGCCGAUUCCCUCCCAGGAACUAUCCGAGGAGAUUACGGAGUGGAAGUAGGCAGGAACGUCAUCCAUGGCAGUGACUCAGUGGAGAGCGCUCGGAGGGAAAUCUCCCUGUGGUUCAAAGAGCAUGAGCUCGUCUGCUGGGAAGAGAGCAGUGAGCACUGGAUCUAUGUCUGAUGCACUACCUUGAACACAUCAACACACACAUCCACACAGCAUUGUGGCCUCAUGUAUGUCUAGCAAUACACAAUUGUUAUCUGAAGUACAUUUUUUCUGAAUUGGUACAAAUGCUUGAAUUCCUUGUGCUGUUUUUAAUGAAGAGCUAGCGGGUAUACACACACACACACACACACUAAACAGUAGCUAUGGAUGCGCUGAUAACGUUUGGCAACAUGAAAUUAAUUUCCAUAAACUUUUCCAGUAAAAUAUUAAAACUACAAAACAUUAUAGGACUUAUUGAAAUAAGUCUUGUUGAAAUGAGUCUAAUACAUUUUUGUGGAAGUUUCCUGUGCUUGCCUGUUUGCAAUGUUCGACACUUACAAUUAGGGAUCAUUUGUGGUCUUGCUUUUUGCGUGGUUUUUCUGGAUGGAAGCAUAAAAACAAAAACACCAUGAUAUAAAAUAUUCAUCUUCAGCUCAUUCAUGGAGGGCCUGUUAGUCAUUACGUAGCUUGCAUUUUAAAUGCUGAUUGCUGUUACAUAUUCAGUUCUGCUUCUUUAUGGAUUUAGGUUUGUAUUGACAUUUGACCUUUCCUAGAUAAAUCUACAAGCUUUGACGCUCUGACCACAAUUUAAAAAAGGAGGCACUUUCUUUUGUUGUUUUUGGCCCAGAGUGUUCUGAAUUUCAUUUGUGGCCAAGAAUAUAAGUUUAAGCACCUCACUAUUGCCAGCCUGUGUGAAUUAUUAUUAUUAUUAUUAUUAUUAAGCCAAAAUGUCAUAAUAAGCUUAAUGUAUACACUGAUCAGGCACAACAUUAUGACUGGCUGUCUAAUAUUGUUUUGGUCCCCCUUUUGCUGCCAAAUCAGCCCUGACUUUGUCAAGGCAUGGACUGUGGUAUCUCUACCACAAUGUUGGCAGCAGAUGCUUUAAGUCCUGUAAGUUGCAGAGUGGGGGUUCUAUACCUACAGGUCUUAAAGGACUUACAGUACUUAAAGGAUACUCUUCAUAGAUACUGACCACUGCAGACUGGGAACACCACACCAGAGCUGCAGUUUUAGAGAUUCUCUGAUCCAGUCGUCUAGCCAUCACAAUUUGGCCCUUGUGAAACUCGCUCAAAUCCUUACACUUUUUCCCAUUUUUCCUGCUUCUAACACAUCAACUUUGAGAACAAAAUUUUCACUUGCUGUCUAAUAUAUCCCACCCACUAACAGGUGCCAUGAUGAGGAGAUAAUCAGUGUUAUUCACUGCUCAUAAUGUUAUGCCUGAUUGGUGUACUGCAUAACAAUCUCAGAAGGAUGGCUUGUGGUGUCAUGAGCUGUAGACCACCCCAGCAACUUUCAUUAAAGCUAUAACUGACGGAAAGGAAAACACCAGCACCGUUUCAAUAUUGUACAGGUCCUCGUGUAGACCCUGAAUCGUACGUGUUACUGCAUGUAUGAAUGACAAUAAUGACAAAAGCAAUAGUAAGCUUGUUCACCUUACAGGCCUUACACUUGUGCUGAUGUUUACACUACAGCUUUAGUACCUGAUUUAUUUUUUAAUGUUGUUUCUUGUUCUUUGCUGAGCAAAUAGCCUGCUUUGUUAUAAAAUAAAGGGUUUUCUAAAGCCA